AUGGGUGACGAAAAAAGUAAAAAGCCGUUGCGAUUGAAAACAUUCGGGGAGUUGCAAAACGAUUCUGUCUACGAAAUCCAUCUCCUUCCGCGAAAGCGCAAAACAACAGUAAAUAAAUCGAGUGCACCAGCUACCCCAAAUGGAGACGACGAGCACGAUGCAGAUGAUCGAGUUCCUAGUGAUUCGGAUAAUGGUGAUGAUUCAGACGAAGAAGUAUCGGGAGUAGCGAAUGAAAAGUCAAAAACAACAGCUGGUCAAAAGAAACCAAAACAAAGAAAAACAUACAAUGCACAUAUCUUACCAAUGAUAUUCAGUGAAGAUCAGUCAAAACCAAUGAUAACUCUAGCUAAUUACUUGAUGAAACGACGGAAAUGGCCGUAUCAAGGUUGGCAUAAACGAUUUUUCAAGUUAGAAAAUGGUAUUAUGAUUUAUGGUAAAUCUGAACAGAGUGUAAAACGUGAUCGUCUAAAUGGUAAAUGCGAUAUUGGGUUAUGUAUGGUUACGUAUAUUCGGGAAUCUCAACGAAUAAAUAUCGAUGAAACGAACUGUGUUUAUCAUUUGAAGAUCAAAGAAAAGAAAUUGUUCGAUCAAUGGUUAGACCAAAUAGCCAUACACAGAAAAUAUCGGCAAGGAAUACUAGAACAACGAUCUUUUACCAUACCCAAGGAUAAUACAAAUCAUUCGAAUGAAAAUCAAGCGGUUAAUAAUACUUUGUCGACUGAUCAACUUUUUUACAAUGAUUUUUCUGAUGUUCAAAUACAACUGAGUAACCUAUCGGACAUUCUGGAAAAUAUCAAAAUCAAUGCUAAUAGCACCUCGGUGUCUAGUUCGUCUUCGAAAUCAACUGAUGGAACAAGAUCGAUUGGUCACACUCCAUCAGCUAGCAUCAGUAGUCUAAAUUCAAGUACAGUAUUGGAUCUUCAACGACAAGAUUAUUAUAAUAUAGCUAAAAAAGUUUUUGAUAAUUUGAAUAACUUGCAAAAACGUUUGUCUGUAUUUGCUUUGGAACAACAACAACAACAACAAUCAUUGAAUAAUUCCUUGACUUCGGAGGGUGAACAUGGUUAUCAUUCAAUUUCAUCUCGUGCGACUAUCUCAAGAGAAGGAUCAAUUUUUUAUGAUGCACCCGAAGCUCUCAAUGCAAUACUCUUAAAUGAUAACAAAGAUGAAAUAGAAAAAUUAUCUGAUUCCGAAUCAUCAAGCUAUGGUGAUGAUGAAAGUCAUCCUGACAAUAUCGAACGGCAAUCAUCUGUUCCACCGCAGCUAAAACCUCCUCAAAUGAAAUGGCGUCGUUCAUCAUUAAGUGCAUGUGCACCGGAUACUUCCAAUGUGGGUCUAUGGAAUAUAAUGCGAAAAGCAAUUGGCAAAGAUUUGUCUCGAAUAGCAUUGCCAGUCAUUUUGAAUGAACCAUUGGGUGUUUUGCAAAAGUUAUGUGAGGAAAUGGAAUAUUCGGAUUUACUUGAUCGAGCCGCUCAAACAGACGACGUUCAUUUACGUCUUGUGUAUGUCGCUGCGUUCAUUGUUUCGACAUAUGCAGCUAACUAUUACCGCACGGGGAGAAAAAACUUCAAUCCACUCCUAGGUGAAACAUAUGAAUGUAUACGAGAUGAUAAAGGAUGGAAAUUUAUCGCUGAACAAGUUAGCCAUCAUCCACCAAUUAGUGUUUGCACAUGCGAUUCACCAAAUUUUAUUUAUUCGCAAAAAUUACAGGUGAAAAUCAAAUUUUGGGGAAAAUCUAUGGAAAUCUUUCCUGAUUCGAAAAAUGUCUUAUUUUUUCCGAAAUACAAUGAAACAAUCACAUGGAAUAAGUGUAAAAUGUGCAUACAUAAUGUUCUCUCCUCGGAGCGAUGGAUUGAUCAUUACGGUGAUGUUCUCGUUGAGAGUUCCUUAGGAGCAAAAGCUCGAAUCAGUUUUAUUCAAAGUGAUUAUCGAACACGAUUGAAUAAUGUUGCCGGUGAUAUUGAAGACGCUCAAGGUAAUGUAAUACACAAAAUCUUUGGCCAUUGGCACGAAGAAGUCUUUUGUGGAAAUGAUCAAACAGCAAAAUGUAUUUGGCGACAAAGCGCUGUUCCAGAGAAUUCCAAACAAUAUUACGGUUUUACUCGAUUUGCUAUUGAACUGAAUGAACUUGAUGAUGAUCUUCGUCAACAAUUACCACCCACAGACACACGUUUUCGACCUGAUCAACGUUAUCUUGAAUCAGGACAAGUUGAACUAGCUGAGAAAGAGAAAGCUCGUCUUGAAGAAGCUCAACGUUCACGUUCCAGUUCUGCCGUCAGUCCAAAAUGGUUUGCUGCAAAUGGUGAUUCGUACGAGCUUAUCCGUGAAGAAGAUCCUUCACAUUCCUAUUGGAAAAAGCGUGAAGAACAUUGGGCUCGUGUUGAUUUCGUACCAUUAUGGUAG